AUGGAUGUAAAUCAGGUGUUGUCAGAGUUUGAACAAAACCUAUUUUUGCCUCGUGAGCUCAUUUCAUGUGAGAAGGAACAAGAACGGUACAGAUUCACUGUUAAGUACGGGAUUGUUAGCGAUGCCUUGGUGCUUAUCUGUGGUUGCAUUAUUUCUCAAGCGCUUUAUGAAGAGCUGAAACGAGACUACCAAAACGAAGCUUGUUGUCCAAUCUGCCAAAAACUUCCUCUAUCAUCAAUCGGUCCUGUGAAACCGCUGAGAAUUCUUUAUGAUCAGCUGCAAUACUUCAAGCGAGAACAAGCCGAGCUUGUUGAAGCGGCGCCAACACAAAAUACAAAAUCAGAGUCACAGCAACAAAACUUAAUAUCUUUGUUCCACAGUGUAGCUUCUGAAGUUGGCGACUCCAAUGAGUUCGAGGCGACUGAGGUUCAUUCUCUUGACAACGUUUCCAAUACUCGAACGAUGCCUAUUCAAGACUCAAGCUCCACGUCAGUGCCUAUAGCAAUAACGGAAUCACCGCCUUCAGUACAACUGUCUCAGCUUGAUGAAAAGAAGGAGUUUUAUUUCGCCAAGUGCUUUCCCAUGUACCGAAAAAGAACCCAAUACAAUACACAUAGCAGGUUUCUACGCACAAAGAGCAGGCAGUUUAUCAACACAGCUAUUAGUCCCGACUGUACAAAGUUUGCCCUAAUUACGGAACAUAAAUGGGAAGUGUACCAGAUAUCGCGCUACAGAAAAAGAGACGGGCAGAACAAAGAAAAGGACUUUGCCAAGAAACUUGGAAAAUACGCACAGAAUAAAAAAGAUCGCUCAGGAAGUUCAGAAUGUGUGGAGCUUCUUUUUUGCGGGAAGGUCUCUGGCGAGUAUGGCCCCUCAUUCGACGAGUUGUCUCUGCCCGAAGAUUUGGAUUCGUUAAUUCCUCUGAGCGGAAAGCAGCGGAAAAGCUCCCAAUCCUCUAUUGACGAUCACUCCAACACUUGGGAACAUCUAUACUGCAAACUUUCCAACGAACUGCUUGUCAUUUCAGGUUCAAAAGGCCAUUUCAGAGUUUUUGAUUUGAACAAUGGCGGGGUACCCCUUUACACUUACGCAUCUUCUUUUCCAAUAAGGUGCAUUGAAAUCGAUCCCAAAAGCACAAUUAUUGCAUGUGGAAUUACAGGGAGUGAUAGAGCGAGUGGAGCCGAACAGGCCCUUAUCCUGUUUCAUCAAAUCGAGAAGGACAUUAUAACACAGACAAGUGUCAACUCAGAAGUUGCCCGUUACAAAUUCAGCCCCCCAAUAACCACCACUCUUCCUUAUCGUGACCCCAUCAAUACCCUACAGUUCUCGCCAGAUAGUGCGUACAUUUCAUGCUCGACCGCGCUUGAAUCAAGGUUCCUUGUUAUCUCGCUUCGGCGGAUCCACGAGCCUCGUUUGGUUAUGAAGUCACUUCGGUCAAUCGACACGUCCUUGGAAUCCGAAGGAAUUACUGACACCAAAAUGUUUCCUGGAAAUUCCAACCUUAUGUGUGUUACCUCCGUGGCAUUUAAUGCACCUCCAAUCGUAAUAAACACAAAAAUUCAAACAAUAAAUGGCAUGCAAAGCGUUGCUCAGCCCACGAUGCUUCUGAGGCUUGAUGAACUUGGCUCUAAAAUACACAAAUGCGAGAUCUCUCCAAGAAACGACUCAAUAGCAUUUUUAGACCGCAAUGGUACGGUUUACAUCAUGUAUGCACCAACUCUUCUGGACAACGAGAAAAGAAGAAUUGUAUCAGUGGAGGUUGCUGCAAACGCCUACAGAAUGCGGGAAGCUGCUUCGCUUAGGUUUAGUGCUGAUGGUCAUAAACUCUUCAUUUUGGAUAGAAAAGGUAUUAUAUACAUCGAGGAUUUCGCAUACGGUUUACCGCAGGAUGAAGAAGUUACGAAGUGUAAGCAGAUUAAUUAA